GGGACAGAGGCUGGAGGAGUCGCUGGAGUACCAGCAGUUUGUGGCAAACGUGGAAGAGGAAGAAGCUUGGAUUAAUGAGAAGUUGAAUCUGGUGGGGAGCGAGGACUAUGGAGAUACACUGGCUGCUGUGCAGGGCUUGCUGAAAAAGCAUGAAGCAUUUGAGACUGACUUUACCGUGCACAGGGACAGAGUCAACGAUGUGUGCACUAACGGAGAGGAGCUGAUCAAGAAGAACAACCAUCAUGUAGACAACAUCAGUGCCAAGAUGUCGGCACUGAGAGGCAAAGUGUCGGAGCUGGAGAGGGCCGCCGCUCAGAGGAAGGCCAAGCUGGACGAAAACUCUGCCUUCCUGCAGUUCAACUGGAAGGCGGAUGUGGUGGAGUCCUGGAUCGGAGAGAAAGAGAACAGCCUGAAGACUGAUGACUACGGCAGAGACCUGUCCUCUGUGCAGACUCUGCUCACCAAGCAGGAGACUUUUGAUGCCGGUCUGCAGGCCUUCCAGCAGGAGGGCAUCACAAACAUCACAGCGCUCAAGGACCAGCUGCUGGCUACCAAACAUGUCCAAUCAAAAGCCAUCGAAGCUCGUCACGCUGCCCUCAUAAAGCGCUGGAACCAGCUGCUGUCCAACUCCUCAUCUCGCAAGAAGAAGCUUCUGGAGGCUCAAGAGCACUUCAGAAAGGUUGAGGACUUGUUCCUGACAUUUGCCAAGAAGGCAUCAGCCUUCAACAGCUGGUUUGAGAAUGCUGAGGAGGAUCUGACGGACCCGGUCCGGUGCAACUCUCUGGAGGAGAUCCGGGCGCUGCGUGAGGCCCACGAAGCAUUCCGCUCCUCGCUGAGCUCCGCACAGGCCGACUUCAACCAGCUGGCAGAGCUGGACCAGCAGAUCAAGAGCUACCAGGUGGUGUCCAACCCCUACACCUGGUUCACCAUGGAGGCCCUGGAGGAGACCUGGAGGAACCUGCAGAAGAUCAUCAAGGAGCGAGAGCUGGAGCUGCAGAAGGAGCAGAGGAGGCAGGAGGAGAACGACAAGCUGCGUCAGGAGUUCGCUCAGCACGCAAACGCUUUCCACCAGUGGCUGCAGGAGACCAGGACUUAUCUUCUGGAUGGGUCGUGUAUGGUGGAAGAGUCUGGAACCCUGGAGUCCCAGCUGGAGGCCACCAAGCGUAAGCACCAGGAGAUCCGGGCCAUGCGCAGCCAGCUGAAGAAGAUAGAAGACCUGGGAGCAGCGAUGGAGGAAGCGCUGAUCCUGGACAACAAGUACACAGAGCACAGCACGGUGGGGCUGGCCCAGCAGUGGGACCAGCUGGACCAGCUGGGGAUGAGGAUGCAGCACAACCUGGAGCAGCAGAUCCAGGCCAGGAACACCACCGGAGUGACGGAGGAGGCUCUGAAGGAGUUCAGCAUGAUGUUCAAGCAUUUCGACAAGGAGAAGUCUGGCCGUCUGAACCACCAGGAGUUCAAGUCGUGUCUGCGCUCGCUGGGCUACGACCUGCCCAUGGUGGAGGAGGGGGAACCUGAUCCCGAGUUUGAGGCCAUACUCGACACUGUGGAUCCCAACAGGGAUGGCAACGUGUCGCUGCAGGAGUACAUGGCCUUCAUGAUCAGCCGAGAGACCGAGAACGUUAAGUCCAGUGAGGAGAUAGAGAGCGCCUUCCGGGCCCUCAGCACAGAGGCCAAACCCUACGUCACUAAAGAGGAGCUCUUCCAGAACCUGACCAAGGAGCAGGCCGACUACUGCCUGUCACACAUGAAGCCCUACCUCGACAGCAAGGGCCGCGAGCUGCCCUCAGCCUUCGACUUCGUUGAAUUCACCCGCUCGCUCUUUGUCAACUGAUCCCUGCCCCCCAGGGACCAAUCGGGACGCGUUUCCCCCCACACACUUUAACACAAACACACGGCUGAAACUGCAUGACUGUGGCACUAAGAAUACUCACUAUAACAACUGUCUGUCCUCUAUUUAUCUGCUCUACUUUAACUCUGUGUGCUUCUCAUGAUAGCAUAGUGGAUCCGUCUGCAUUUGAAUGUGAUUGUUUUUAGCUGAUUUAGCUUGUGCUUUCGAUGAAUUUAAGAACCUAAUAGUCAAACUAAUGUUGUUAGUAACACCAACAACUGCAGUGUGCUUUAAUAAACGCUACUGGUUAGAACUGGAA